AUGGCAGACCCGACAUCCAGCCUCUCGUACAGCGUCCACUCGCUUCCACCAGAACUGCUCGCGGAGGUCUUUGUCAUCCUCGCCGACUGCGAUCUGCCCAGCAGCCGCUCGCUAGGAUGGGUCCGCCUCGCGCACGUCGAUAGGCGAUGGCGCAACGUAAUCCUCCAGCUCGCCCCUCUCUGGUCAAAGAUAAUAGCGGCAUUUCCUGCUUCUGAUACCGCACACGAUAUAAUCCUCGAGCGCGCCGGCCACAACGCGCCCCUCACUUUCUGGCCGCCCGGCAGGCGCGCUGAUGCCGAUGCCGACGGCGCCUAUGUCGACAGCGACUACCAUCUAUCGCAUCACGCGCGCGAGCUCGUACGCACGCACAUCCACCGCACAACCGCACUGGCCCAUGCCAGCAUCCACGACAGCGAAGACUGGGCGUCUCUUUUGGGUGGACAGAAGCUGCCGCAUCUAAGCGCCCUGGAGCUAAUCAGCGCCGCGUCGAACAUUCGACUCGACUUCCCCGCCUUCGACGCCCCCAAGCUCCGCUCGCUCGUCUUCCAGGACCUGUUUGUGCCGUUCCAUGCCCCGAGCCUGCGAUCAUUAUCGCUCUGGAUGGGCUGCGACAUCGAUACAAGGCAGUGCAUCCCGCUCAUCACAUUACUGGACGUUCUCGCGCCGUGCCAAGAGCUCGAAGAACUUGAUCUCAACCAGGCGGCACACGCCAGCGCCCAGCCCGUCCCGCCCGACACCCUCGUCUCCCUCCCUCAUCUCAAGACCCUCCGUUUCCGCGGCGCCCAACACAUAUUCGCGUCCCUCUGGACCCACCUCUCCGCGCCCGCCUGCGAACACCUCCAUCUCGUCUUACCCUUCGCCGCACACUCACUACCUAAUCUCCGACUAAUCCGUCCGCUCCUUCAACACCAUUCGCACGACACAUUGCAGAUCUCGCUUACACCGCUCAACCUUCCCGUCGUGAAGUUCGAGCUGUUCGUUGGGCCUUCGACGGCGCGGUACGAGUCGUUCUCUGGACGAUGCUCCGGCCGUGGCGUUUCUGUGCUGUUGGAGCACAAGACGCGGUCGUACUACGACAACGAGCCGUUGCAUGCGGAUAUCACGCGUACAGCCGCGCUCGAGGCACUCGUCGCGCAACUGGACACGCGCCGUAUCCGCACCGUCGACCUUUCAUCGGCGCAUCUCAGCGUAGUCGGUCUCAACGAGCACGACCCGCUCAAUACCGCGCUUGUCCCUCUCACAAAGGUCGACACGCUCGUGCUAUCAGCCACGGACAACGACGUGUCCGACGUCGCGAGGCUCAGGCGGCUCUGCGAAGUCUACAACCGCGAGGCCCCCUUCCCCUCGCUCUCCACGCUCGCAUUCAAGCACCGCCCCUCCCAAGCCAUAUCAUCAGCAACCGAAUGGCUAGAGCGCAACCGCUCCCCCCUCCGCGCCUACCUCUCCUCCCGCAAAGCCGCCGGUCACGCGCUCGCACACAUCGCCACCGCCGGCACCGACCCCGACUCCGAUCACGAUCUCACGCGUUUCCGCACCGAGAUCGCGAGAGACGUGCAGGAUCUGCUUGCCUCGCGCAUGGCGCCCUUGUUUGGGUUGGGCCUUGCGAGCGGCGGGAGUAAGCUGUUACGCAGGCCGGCGAGGAUGUACGGCGGAGUGGGACUGCCGGCGCCGAGCCAUGGUCAGGCUCGGAGCGCGCUCGUACACUGA